GGGCCCGGUCCGGGAAACGGUCCGGGAGGAGGGGGAGGAAGGGGAGUAACAGAGACAGCUUCAUUAGCUGAAGUGGCCGAGAUGACUUCAUUUUCCUCCUCGUCACACCUGUCGCUGGCCGCGCUCGUGGGGGAGACGGUGAUGACGCCCUCGGGUCAGGCCAACGUCAUCUACCUGGCUGUGAAUGAGAGCAGUCCCGGGACCCUGCUGCUGCAGCUGUGUGAGCUGCUGGCCACAACACCACUGCAGGGUUUAGUGUUUGAGGAAGAGAGACCGCCACCGCCGAACCGCGCCCCUCUGGCCCCGAUGCUGGAGUUCGUUUCUGCCCAGACAGGGGUUCCCGUUGUUGCCGUUGGGGGAGGAGCCAGUCUGGGAAGAGAGCCACAGGAGAGCGGUUCCAUCUACCUCCAGUUCACCUGCUCCACAUUGCUCCAGCUUGAGGUUAUCUUCGAGGUGCUUGAAGAGUAUGACUGGACCUCCUUCUCUGUAGUGACCACUCGUCACCAUGGCUAUGAGGACUUCCUGGCCAUGGUGGAGGGUAUGACCGAUGGCUCUUUCAUUGGUUGGGAAAGGAAGAGUGUGGUGAUUCUUAAUGUAACGGACGACCCCGGUGGGGCACGGACGAAACGACUGCUCAAGGACAAUGAAGCCCAGGUCCGCCUUCUGUACUGCUCCCUGGAAGAGGCUGAGCUCAUUUUCCGGGCAGCUUGGGCAGCGGGUCAGGCCGGGCCCAGCCAUAUGUGGUUUGCUGUGGGACCAGCCCUAUCCGGGUUGGGUCUGGAGGGGCUUCCAAAGGCUUUGUUUGCCAUCCGGCCACAGGGGUGGAGGGAUGAGCCACGCAG